UUUACGUUCCAGCAAAGUGACAACACAAGUCGUCAGAAAGACUACAAGAAGGGGACCUACUGGCACAGAAAGCUUACACAAGAGCCCCACAUAUAUAUAUAGGAUUUAGUUCUGUGUCUGUGGCAUCUGCUAGCUUCUCUGUGAGAGGGUAAAAAUGUCUGGGACGACCGUGGGAGGGUACGAAAUCACCCGGGAGCUGGGGAGAGGAACCUUCGGGACUGUGUACGCGGCGAAGCGGGGGCAGGGAGAGUUGACGUACGCGCUGAAGAAGCUUCGCCUCGGCUCGAGCGGCGCGGACCAGGUCCUGCCACAUCUGCGAGAAUUGAAGGAAAUACAGCAAGAGGCGAGGGACUCCGAGGUCCCAAUCCUGAGACUGGUGGAGUUCUUACAUCAGGACGACGCGUUCUGGCUGGUGACGCGGUACUGUGACGAGGGAUCUCUGAGCGACUUCUUACUGCUACACCCGGAAACUGACGAGAAUCAGACCGUCAAGUUUAUGGUACAGAUCUCGGAGGCUGUGAAAUUCCUGCACAGCAAUGGCAUAGUCCAUGGAGGGUUAAACAUGGACAACAUGCUGGUGACGGGACAGUUCGGAGGCUUUGUGCGCGGGAGAACUAUCAUGAACUACACUAUAAAGGUGAGUGACUACGGCAUAGCUAGGAUGAGCGGAGAGGAUAUCUUCAUGCACUACUACUACCGCUACGACACUCCGACCCGCUACUUCACCGCUCCCGAGGUCCAGGAGCAAGUCUACACCAAAGAGUCGGACGUGUUCUCCAUGGGCGCCAUCUUUGCCGCCAUGUUGGACCGGACGACCUUGAGAAUCGCCGAACACACCUGCAUCGUGCCCUUCAUCAUUCCCGACAUCCCCUUCGGCCAGGCACUGGACACAAGCCCUGACCUCAACAUCUCCGAGGUGAUCAUGAAGACCGUGGCGACAGAAGACAGCCUGAAGACACUAAUAGUGUCUAUGUUGGCGACGGAUCCGGAGUUCAGACCGACGGCUGAGUUCGUGAACGAGCGGCUACACGCCAUAGGGAACGCUACGGGCGCCAUGGCAGCAGUGUUCCUCGGGAUAGCGGUGGCUGUUUUCGGAGCCCUGACGGGGUUCUGGCCGUUGUUUCUGGUCGGUCUGCUCGGUGGAAUGUUGGCGUUUUAUCUUGUAAUCAGCUCUGGAUAGGAUUUGAUAUCGUAGAGUGGGACUCGUUGCCACCAAGUUCAGUUGGAUCAUCAUCACUGGAAAGCGUUGAACAACUCAUGCAUGCAUUUAGAUGUGCAACGAUUGGGUGAAGCAAAGAUUUUGUGUAAUAUAGCUAGCUGCCGCCGUGCCGCGUGCCUGCGAAGCUGGUGUGUUGCACUGAAGGGUGGUUAUACCAGCUAUACUGAUACAGACAUUCUGGCCGUAGCUUAGGUAGCUUUGGUCACAAUUGAAUGUAACAAAUUGCCUGUCAAAUUGUAGCAAAUGGCGUAUAGAAU